AUGCAUGAGUUUUUUGUGAGAAAGAGAAGUCAAUUAUUUUCCAUUGUUUACAAUAUUUUUCUCGUUCUCACUCAUGCAAUAGAGAAUACUGCUUUUCUCUUUCCAACCUCAUAGACGGAAUUAAUGGACAUGUCCUAGGAAUGUCUAAUCCAUAUUCCAAAACAAAAACAAAAAUUUUUAUAGGGUGAAAAGAAUUUGAGUUGACGUGCAGAGAAGAUUUGCAAAACGUGGAAAUUCCGCAAAAGCCGGAAAAUUCUUGCAUUUCCCAAAAAAAAUUGCAGAGUUUUUAUCUCGAUAAUUCACUUAGCAAGAUGCCAGAAAAGGAAAUGGAAAAAUUGAGCAUUGGUGAGAUCUAUACGUCCGACAAAAAGGGCUCUGAUGAGACAGGAGAUGGGACAGAAGGAAAGCCCUUCAAGACGAUACUUCAGGCGAUGAGACACGCCGGGAAGGAACCCUUCCCCACAAUUUACGUAGAUGCUAAAGAUGAGACGACAGGACCGUAUGAGCCAGCAGCCAAGUCUCAAUUGAAGAAAAUUCAGAAGUUGUGGGUGCGCGAGAGCCACAAAAAUGCCGACAAGAGCAAGCGCGAGGAGGAAGAUGCCAAGAAACGAGAACAGAACCUCGAGGAAGCGAAGAAAAUCAAAAUUGAGCAGGAUCCAUCGUGGCCAGAGGCAAAGCGUAUAAAGAUUUUCGACGGAGGAAAAUUCCGUGAUCAGAGAAUUCGGAUUUAUGGCUGGGUUCAUCGACUCAGACGUCAGGGGAAGGGUUUGAUGUUUAUCACGCUGAGAGAUGGUACGGGAUUCCUGCAGUGUGUCCUCACGGAUUUGCUAUGUCAGACCUAUGAUGCUCUUCUCCUGUCCACGGAGUCUUCUGUUCAGCUCUUUGGGACGCUCAAAGUUGUCCCAGAAGGGAAAACGGCUCCAGGAGGACAUGAACUCCACGUAGAUUACUGGGAAUUGGUGGGACUAGCACCUGCAGGGGGUGCUGAUACAAUCCUCAAUGAAGAGGCUCAUCCGGAUGUGCAAUUGGAUCAAAGGCACAUCAUGAUUCGUGGAGAAAACACAUCCAAGAUUCUGCUGAUGCGUUCAAUUGUUCUCCAAGCAUUCAGGAGCCACUAUGCCGAUCGUGGGUACGUUGAAGUAACACCCCCAACACUGGUACAGACGCAGGUAGAAGGUGGAUCGACUCUCUUCAAACUGGACUUCUUCGGAGAGGAAGCAUACCUCACCCAGAGCUCUCAGUUGUACUUAGAGACGUGCGUCCCAUCUCUCGGGGAUGUUUACUGCAUUGCCCAGAGUUACAGGGCUGAGCAGAGUAGGACACGCAGACAUCUCGCUGAGUACAGUCACAUUGAGGCGGAGUGUCCAUUUAUUACGUUCGACGACCUCCUGGAUCGUCUGGAGGAUCUUGUGUGCGAUGUUGUAGAUCGUGUGCUGAAGAGCCCCUAUGGGUAUGUUGUGCAGGAGCUCAACCCGGGCUUUGUGCCGCCCAAGAGACCCUUCCGGAGGAUGAACUACCGCGAUGCAAUCAAGUGGUUGCGUGAGAACAACGUAACCAAGGACGAUGGAACAUUCUACGAAGAUGGCGAGGACAUUCCUGAAGCGCCAGAAAGAAAGAUGACUGACACAAUCAAUGAACCCAUUAUGCUGUGUCGCUUCCCAGCUGAAAUUAAAUCCUUCUAUAUGCCUCGCUGCCCUGAAGAUCGUGCUCUCACUGAAAGUGUCGACGUUCUUCUGCCGAAUGUAGGAGAGAUUGUUGGUGGAUCCAUGAGGAUUCACAACUACGAGGAGCUCCUUGAAGGGUACAAGAGGGAGAAAAUCGAUCCAGCUCCCUACUAUUGGUACACAGAUCAGCGCAUCUAUGGGACUCAGCCUCAUGGAGGGUACGGCCUAGGGCUUGAGAGAUUCAUGUGCUGGCUUCUCAACCGCUAUCACAUCCGUGAGGUGUGCCUCUAUCCCAGAUUCCUCGAGAGAUGUCGUCCGUAGAUGCAAAAAACCCCAUUUUCCAUUCCCAGUUAUUUCCUCUCAACUAAACAUAUUCAAACACAAUGCAGUAAUUUAUUGAGACAAUUAUGCUAUUUACUCUGCAUUUGCUACUUAAAUACAAUAAAAUAAAGCUUGGGAAAGGACAAAA